AUGUCUUUAGUACCAAAAGGCGACGUCAAUAAAAUUGAAUGGGAAGAUGUUGAAUUUCCAAGUAUUUGCGAACGUUGUCUAGGAGAUAAUUCGUAUGUUCGUAUGACUCGUGAACCUUUAGGACAAGAAUGCAAAAUAUGUUCGCGGCCGUGUACAGUAUUCCGUUGGUCAACUACUAGGGAAAGAAAGAGAGGAAAAACUCAAAUAUGUGUAGGUUGUGCUCGAUUGAAAAAUUGCUGUCAAGCGUGUAUGCUCGAUUUGCAAUUUGGGUUACCGAUUGCUUUACGUGAUGCUGCUUUAAAAAUGGUAGACAAUGGACCAACAAACGACAUAAACCGGGAGUUCUUUGCUCAAAACCAGCAAAGACUCUUGAAAAACGAAGAAACACCAUAUGAUAGUCAAGAGUCAAAUGCCGCUGCUAGAAAUCUGGUUCGAAAGACCGAGCGACGAGAGCCCUACCAAAAACCCGCGCGUAAGAAGAUUGAUGAACAAGAAUCUAAACAGCUCUUGAAGGAUGCUAAAGCAAGUGAUACGUCCAAAAGUUCUGAAAAGUCUCUCUUUCCUAUAAAAAAAGUUGCAAACGGUCGUGUUUUGCUUUCAGUUGACAUGGAGCCUCCUAAAGAUAAAAAAAUUGCUUCUCUUUUUAUUAUUGGUGUUGAGGACGAACUCCCGGAUUAUAAAAUUCGAAGACAUUUUGAACAAUUUGGUCCCUUAAAAUCUGUCGUUUGUUCUCAUCGGGCAAAAUGUGCCUUUGUCAACUUCAAAAGCAGAUUAAGUGCUGAAAUUGCAGCUGCCUCUUGUGCCAAUGGUGAUCUUUCUAUUGACGGAUUUCGUCUUAAAGCUCAAUGGGGAAAACCUCGUUCUUUAGGAGGAGCUGAGCAAGAGACUAGAAAUGCAAAAUUGUCAGAUUUAGUUAUGCACGGAAAAAAUGCUACCUUAGAAAAACCUUCCGACGGAGAUCAAUCCAUUAAUAAAGCUGAUAAUACUGGCUCAUCUUCUGCUCCGACUCCUGCUGUUGCUCAACCAAUUUCUCCAAGUCAACCACAAUAUUCAUCACAGUAUCCUCGGUAA